AUGAGCAAGAACCGCGGCUUUCUGCUGAUAGUUUUGUCCUUUGUCCUUGCCCAUGCCCAGAACGUUGCUCCUGAACCGUCGGCUCGAGUGCUUCGUGGAUCCAAUGAAGAAAGCGCAGCGAUCGAUAACAAGAACGACAAGAAUUAUAAUGCAUCCGAUACAAUAACCAGGAAUAUCAUCACAUUACGCGAUCUCGUGGUCGAUCGCGAUGCCUUGAAUGAACUCAAACGCCAGGGACGUGAUCCCUACGAAAUCGACUUUAUUCUGCACCCCCCUGGACACGAAGCCAAUCACAUGGAGGACUAUCCGUUUUUUGCGCAUUGGAUGCAACAAGGAUGUGGCGCCAGUGUGAUCCACCACGAUAUCCUUCUCAGUGCGGCACAUUGCGUGCGGGAAGCCCGAGAUCCCAAUCGAAUUCGGCAGAUGAGGCUCAUGUCCAAGUAUCGAGGCGGUCUGGGAGGAUACGGACAAAACAUUAGUGAGAAUGGCAUUACACGGUUCAUUGCUCACUAUGAGAUCCACCCGGACUUUAAUUCCGACAAACCAGGAGCUCCGUCUCAUGACUAUUUGAUAAUCAAACUGGAUCGAAGUGUUUUGGUGGAACAAGAUGACCAAGGCAAGUACUAUCCAACCGGAGUCAAAGCAGUGAAACUCAAUACAGACAUCGACAAUCCAAUGGACGGACAAGAGGUACUUGCGGUGGGGUUUGGAUCCGUCACGCCCAAGAAACCAUCGCCAGACUCGGCGGUUCUCAUGGAUGCCGUUUUGGAGACCUUGCCAAACGAACUGUGUGUCAAGCACUAUGGCGAACGCAAAAUGCACGAAGAUGUCAUGAUUUGUGUUGGAACGUUGAAUGGAACUCGAGAUACGUGUCAUGGCGACAGUGGUGGUCCGAUUGUCGAUGCCAACAGUGUACAAGUGGGAAUUGUCAGCUGGGGAGGCAAAGAGUGCGCCGAUGCUCGUCAUGCGGGGGUGGCAGCUCGCGUUGAUAAUCGUGUAGCAACCCCAUGGAUCAAGGAGCAGAUAUGUAGACUAAGUGCUUUCCCACCCAAAUCCUGUCAUGCCCACGACACGAAAAGCUUCAAUCACAGGCUGCCAUCAUUGGCGGAAAUGUCAGGCAGCGGCAGUCCACUCUUUAGUAUCAAAGUCACGGUGGCGCAUGACUUGGCGCCGGAAGAGACCUCCUGGAGCUUUGCCCACUUGGAGAGCUUUACAUUGCUACACUGGCAGCCUUACGAGCAGAUUCCAAUGCCAUACGUUGCAGUCCAGCGAGUCUUCUCCAAUUUGGUAGCCGGAAACUACACCUUUGCAAUCAGUGAUCAAGAUGGAGUCUGCUGUGGGUACGGUCCAGGCUUUAUGGAAAUCACAAAGGAAGGAACGGGGGAAGUCCUGUGGGAACACAACGGAGUCUUUCAGUAUUUCUUGAGUGUUACGCUGGAAUUGGACUCCACCGGCUCUGUAGUAAGCGUCCAUGAAUCUCAAGAAUGGCUCAACCCAGUGCGGACCCUUUUCGCCUCGCGCCAUGAAAAUAACCCCAAUGAGCGCCGCCAUGCAUAA